AUGGCGUCCUCCUCAUCCAACGUCGUGGGAGUCCAUUACCGAGUAGGAAAGAAGAUUGGCGAGGGCUCCUUUGGAGUGAUCUUCGAGGGUACAAACUUGUUGAACAGCCAACAAGUCGCUAUUAAAUUUGAACCUCGCAAAAGCGAUGCACCUCAACUCCGCGAUGAAUACCGAACAUAUAAGAUUCUUGUCGGGUGCCCCGGUAUUCCCAAUGUAUACUAUUUCGGUCAGGAAGGUCUUCACAACAUUCUGGUAAUUGACCUGCUUGGUCCCAGUCUCGAAGACCUUUUUGAUCACUGCAAUCGCCGAUUCACUAUCAAGACCGUUGUUAUGGUCGCCAAGCAGAUGCUCUCUCGCGUUCAAACCAUUCAUGAAAAGAACCUGAUCUACCGAGAUAUUAAACCAGACAACUUCCUUAUUGGACGCCCGGGAACUAAAGCAGCCAAUGUCAUUCACGUUGUAGAUUUCGGCAUGGCCAAACAAUACCGUGACCCAAAGACUAAGCAACACAUCCCCUAUCGCGAGAGAAAAUCAUUGUCCGGAACCGCUCGAUACAUGAGUAUCAACACCCAUUUAGGUCGCGAGCAGUCCCGACGAGACGAUUUGGAGGCACUUGGUCACGUCUUCAUGUACUUUCUUAGAGGAGGUCUCCCCUGGCAGGGAUUGAAAGCCGCAACCAACAAGCAGAAAUAUGAAAAGAUUGGCGAGAAGAAGCAAACUACUGCUGUCAAGGAUUUGUGUGAAGGCUAUCCAGAGGAAUUCAAUAAAUAUCUUACCUAUGUUCGCAACCUCGGCUUUGAGGACACUCCUGACUACGACUACCUUCGUGAUCUCUUCACACAGGCCCUCAAAAACACCGGCGAAGUUGAGGACGGUGAAUACGAUUGGAUGAAGUUGAACAACGGACGAGGAUGGGAAUAUAAACCCUACGCAUCGCAGCAUCACCCACAUGCUGGUGGCCAGAUGCAAAAUGCUUCUGCUCGCGAUCUCCACAGCACACAAGCCCGUCAGCCAGCACGACCUGGUAUCACUGCCGAUCGUUUAAACGCUGCACAGCCCCCUCCUCCAUCUCCAGCAAAGCCAGGCGUUGGCAAGACUCGCGACCGACAAAGCGGCUCAGGCGGUCUUCAAGGGAAACGACAGAGCGCCCUGGGUCAGGAGAUCUCGACGCCAACAGCGUCCACUCAAGCUCAAUUUCAAAACUCCAACGCCAAUCUCCCAGGUCGCAUCGCCACGCCGAACCAAGCAACAACGAGCGCGCAACAACUGUCGGGUCUUCAGGGGGCAAAUGAACCAGAACCAACAUUCAUGCAAAAGGCCAUGAGAGCACUGUGCUGUGGUUGA